GUGAUCUACAAUGUACAUUUGGAACCAGAACACGUGGUUAAGAAGAGGAGUGUUGAUCAGCCGUUGAGAAUUUCACUUUAUUACGAUGAUUCGGUCUAUGGGCUGUCAACAGAAAAAUACGAGCUGAUCCACGAGACAGUAAUGCCCUCGGCUGUGUCGUACUGGCAGCAGGCGCUAAUGGUGCGGCGUACAGAGAGCGUCAUUAGGCUGAACAGGAGGUGCGAGAAGAAUCAGGUGUUCUUGAUUAAAGGAGAACCACAUCCCUUCUGCAAGAAUAAAUGCGAGCAGGUGACCAUGUGCGGGGAGGUGCAGGUUCCCGAGGAGCAUCUCCAUGCGUGUCGUGUGUGCAACACCUUCGGCCAGAACUGCCACGAGGUGACGGAGGAGGCGGGCGAGGGGAUCCCGGGGGCGGACUUCGUGUUUUACAUCUCCGCCCUCGACACUGAGCGCUGCAAGAGGGGCUACACCGUGGCCUAUGCGGCUCACUGCCAGCAGGAGGCGGCGCUGGAUAGACCAAUAGCCGGCCACGCCAACCUGUGUCCGGGCUCCAUCAGUACAAAGGUCCAAGAACUGGAGACUCUCAUAUCCACCGUCAAACACGAGAUCCUCCACGCCCUAGGGUUUUCCAUUUCUCUGUACGCGUUCUAUCGAGACGACGACGGAAACCCUCUCACCAACCGGACGGAGAAUGGGAAACCGAUGCUGAACGAAGUACUCCAAGCCAGACAGUGGAGUGACCGCGUGAUUAAACGUAUACAGAGACCCAAGUGGCAAGUGCGCGGCGGAGUCACUUUAAAAGAAGUUAAUAUGGUUGUAACGCCGAGAGUGAGGGAAGAAGUGCGAAACCACUUCAAUUGUCCCGAUCUAGAAGGGGCGGAACUUGAAGACCAGGGGCACGAGGGAACAGCUCUCACGCAUUGGGAAAAGAGGGUGUUUGAGAAUGAAGCAAUGACGGGUACACACACUCAGAAUCCAGUCUAUUCAAGAAUCACACUUGCUCUGAUGGAAGACACGGGGUGGUAUAGAGCAAACUACCACCUUGCUCAGCCUCUCAAGUGGGGGCGGCACCUCGGCUGCACCUUUGCAAUGAGUAGUUGCAAAGAGUACAUGGAAGAACAAACUAAGAAGGGGAAAAGCAUACAUCCUUUUUGCAACAAAGUCAAAAGGGAUCCACUGGAGACAGAUUGCACUGAAGACAGAAGCUCAGUUGCUUUAUGCAACUUGAUAGAACAUAAAAAUCAGUUACCACCACAUUAUCAGAACUUUGGUGCAAUCCCACACGUACCCUUGCAUAAAGUGGGUCAUUAUGGAGGCUCAGUGGCUCUGGCCGACUACUGCCCUUACAUCCAGGAGUUCACAUGGAAGAGCAAGGACGUUAUUAUCCGAGGAUCUCACUGCCAGUUUGGUGAAAACAGUCCAGAUCCAGAGAGAAACUUUGCUUUAGAGUCUUACACAAGGGAUAGUAAAUGUUUCAACCAGCAGAAAGAGUGGACAGAACGGAAGUGUUAUAGCAUACGUCAGUGGCAGCACUGGGGUUCUGGUUGCUAUCAGUACAUGUGUGUUGAUGGCAGAUUACACAUCAUCGUUGCAAAUCAUACUUACACGUGCUAUCAUGCAAAUCAGGUCAUAACAAUAUCCAUCUUCCAAAAUGGGUGGCUGCAUGAAGGUGCCAUCAUAUGUCCUCCUUGUGAAGAAAUUUGUGAGGAGGAUGACAUGGUCUGCAAGAGAGGGACAGAGCCUCCCCCAUCAGCUGAUUAUUAUCGAGAUCAGCUGUUAUGCAAAGGCACUAACUUGCAAGUCCUACAGUCAUUAAUAGUACUUCCUAUUUUGUGUCAUAUGUUCCAAAUGUACAUCUAUUAUUCAUUGAGAUUCUGACCAUAGAUCCAGUAGUUUAUUGUAUCUAGUUUUUUUUUCAUUCAUUCCCUUUAAACCACUUCAUAUACCAUGUCAUAACUGUUACAACCAUUAGGUAUAGUAUCUUUGAUAUGUAUGUACAGUAUAGCAUAUUGUACUUUCAUUGUAAGUAAAAAGAAAAAAAAAGUAAUUGUGAUUUAUAAUGUAAUGUUUCAUAAAUGGAUAUGAAAGCAUAGAAUGACGUCUAGUGCUAGAACAGGUGAUAGAUAUUCUAGCAGUUGGAAAGUUAUGCGUGAGUUGCAGAAGAAGCAAUUGGUCAGGCAGUAUUAUUUGUCAUUUCACUUUAGAAUGAUUCUCAUGAAAUGUUGGACAUCAUCUUUUGUAUGGGAUCACUCUUGUUCACUGUAGCAUUAGUGUUAUCAUCAUUAUUUCUCACAUUCCCAUGAUAUUUUUGCAUAUCCUCAUCAUUCCAUCCAUUUUGAAUGUAGUGCAUUACAUUUGUAAAAAUGCCAUUCUUUAAGCCCUUUUAAUUUCACUCUUCAUUUUUAUUCACUGUUUAGUGGUUUUCUUGCCAUUAGGAAGUGAUUUAUUUUUUGUAAAUAUAUCACUAUUAUAUAUGCUUUAGAUUUUGAGGUUAUGUCUGUUUCUCUUCUUUUAACAUCAGCAAAUCCUAUGGAUUUGCUUAUGCAUUAGGUCUAUGUAAUAAAUAAAAUUCUUUGGUAAAUGAAAUCCAGACGUAUCGUCACGUAACUUCAUAAGGUCACGAAACAAGGGAAAUCAGAGGCAAUGUUAACAGGCUCAGUAGAGAGUGAAGUGGUCAUAUAUAUCUCAACUCUUCAUUAGGAAAUCAACUUUGCGAACUUAGAAAUGUUGUGCUGAUCUGUACAUAUUAGGAGCCUGCAACCUGAUGCUGGUGCCUGAAAAAGGAACAGUUAUUGUGCGCUGUGAUAAUUAUUAGGUGAUAAUGUAGUCUGCAGAUUUCCUUUAAAUUGUAGACAGCUAUGCACAAGAAUUUUUUGUGCAUCAGAAUACCUCACAAAUGUACAAUAGAGGUUUUGGAAGAGAACUGAUUUGCUAAGCGCAAAGUGUUACAUACUGAAGCGGUAAUUUAGCAGCUGGUUAAAUAGGUAACAGACACAAAACCUUAGAACAUAUGCUCAAGUGUUACUUUAAUGUUCUGUUGCAAACCAGGUCCUUGAAGUGAAGCUAUUAUAUUUUUCUCACAUGAGGUUGUCAACAUUAGUUCAUGCCUGUUACCUUAUUGAUGUGGCCUCUUUGAAUUCCUUGUCCUUUUGAAAUGAUACUGAAAAAGUCACAGAGAGAUGUGAUAUGCAUUCACUUAUUUAUGAUAAUAAGAUCAUGUUUUUUGUGAAUAUAAUAGAUGGAUUUUUUUUUAUAUGUAUUCUUAAUUGUCUGUGAUAAUUAUGUAAAAAACUUGUAAUUUUUGUUACAAGAGGGAGGAACUAUGAAUAGAAAAUGGUUAAGUUAAAUGAAUAAUUAUCAAGAAUAUCUUUAACUACAAUAUCAAUCUUCGUUUUCUCCAUCUUAACAAUACUUAAGAAAACACAGUGCUUUGGUUCUAAAAUAAACUUGAUACAGUAUCAAGUUUAUAGUCAUGGCAUAUAGAAAGAACUGUAAUUACAUUUGAUAAUAAGGUCACUUUCAAGAGUGAAAAUUUUGCUUUUUUUUCCCACAAACAAAAUCCACAGACCUAAAGAUACACUAUUUUUCUCUCAUCUUUUUAAUUUAGUUCUUUAUUUUCCUACUUUGCUAUUUCAUUGAUGAUUUGCAAGAAAUUCUGAAAGCAGAAAAGCCAUACAUAUAUUUUCUUAAUUUGAAUAAGGGCAAUUAUUAAUUACAUUACUUUUUAGUGUAAUGUAUUUUUUUUUUCCUUGUCAAGAAUUUAGCAUACAUUUUUUUGUAAAAGCAGCAAGACAAUCACAAAAGCUUAUGAUAAAGUAAAGACUAUGUUAAAUAUAAAGGUAGGGAUCAUGAAUAUAUUAGUGGUUUUGUGGUUUUGGAAAUAUUGUCAUGUGAAGAAGAUAUGCCUAAAAAAUAUACUUUUUUUUUAUAGAAGUCAUGUAAUGAAAAUAUUUAUUCCAUAGAUCAUUUAACAUUAUUACAUCCUACUCAUGUUCAAAAUUUAUGUUUUGAUGAUCUACAUUCUUGACUCUGAAUUGCUUUUCUAGCUGAAAAUGUUUAAGUAAACCACUGUACACUUGUGCAUUUCAUUAAAUAUUCAUUCUGAGCUUUGUGUGGUCAAAUAAUUUAAGAAUGAGCUGCAUAACAGUUUGCCAAAUAUAAAAUGUACAGCUUUUUUUAUUUAAGGGCUUUACAAGUGUCAUGAGAGUAUAUAAUAGGAAAGAGAAAAUAGAAGGUUUACAUUACUUUAGAGCAUAUAUUUUUAAAAGCAGUUACUGGUGAUGAAUGGAAAACAAAAGCCAGAGAUAAGACUGUGAAGAUGAAUUUUUAGGAAGUCUCAGGGUUGAACUCUUUGUGUGUUAUCAUGGCAGUGUUUCCUUUAUACUAAUAGUGCAGUUUUAUCAUUGCCUUUGUCUUGUCAUUAUUACUUCCUUUUUAUUAGUGAAAUUAUGUAGAAAAGAUAAAAACAGAUUUUUUUAUAUAUAUAUAACUGAAAAGCGCAUUCAUUGGGGAAAAAAAAUAAUGACCAGAUAAUAACGACCAGCUGCAAACAAAGGCACUGGCAAAGUUAUAUACAUUUUAAUUUUGAUAUGGUUCCAGAUUGUAUCACAUUACCUUUCCAGAUUUAUGCAAAAUGGUAUUUGAGAUCAAAUUAUGUUGGACAUUAGGUUCAUAUAUGAAUGAUUAACAAAACUAAUGAAUUACUGUAUGUUCAUCACUAGGACUCCUUUGCCCUUAAGAGUGUAUGAAGAAGGCUAAAUCUAGUCUGAAAUUAUCUCUGAAAAGCAUCCCGUCCUUCAGUGGAACAUUCUCCUCCCUGCUCUGCCACAUUCAGGUUAUUUAGACAUAGGUUUAGUGGGGGAAUCACAGAAUGCAGAAGACUGUGAUUCUUCCAUACAUGUUUUAUGAGGAAUCACACACUACUUAUCCAACAUGUGUUUGGGAUUUUCCUCAAAGCUUUUUAGUGGAGAAUCAAGGAUGACUUAUCCUACAUCCUCAAUGAUUUUCCUGGGAGGCUUUGAGGAGAACCACAGAUUACUUACAUUACAUACUGCUGUGAAUUCUUCUCCUUUAUAUUUAAAGGGGAAUCACUGACACUUUACAUACUACUGUGAUCUUCCUCAUGGGUUUUUAAGGGAAUCACAUCCAUACUCCUGUGAUUUUCCCUAAGUAUUUUUAAAAUCCACUUCAAGAAAUCUAGGUAAUAAUUAUUUAGUACAGUAUUAGUGCUAUUGUCCAUUUAUGUAUUUUGUUGUAUAUGUGCAAUUACUAUCAUGGAAAGUAAUGUGAUGUGAUACAUCAUUUUAAGUUUUAUGCUGUUAGGCCAUAAAAGCUACAGAAAGUUUGUGAUAUAUAUGAGGACAUACUGUGUCUUCUUCCUUGCUCUUUGUCCUCAUAUUUUUUUGUUAGCUCAAAGCCUUAAAAUCUUAUAUUUUAAGCUACUAUAAACAACAGUUUGAUACAGUAAUUGUAUGGUCUUUUUUGUAUUUAGUGUCCCACCCAUGCAAUCAAGUGUUUGCCAUCCCACAGCGUUAACUUGAUAAUUACAGUAAAACCUUUUCGUCUCCUGUUAUCCAGUGCUUUUAUUUAUAAAUUAAAAAGAUUUGCUAGUAGAAUAAAGAAAUCCUGAAAAAAUGAAAUACAUUUUGAUUUUUAAACUAUAUAUAUAAAAACCUCAGUGUCAAACACAGUUCUAUGUACAUGUUUUAGGCUUUGUUUUUAUUAAUAGAAAAGACAUAUGAUUUGUAUGUUUUGUAUAUAUUGUUUGUAAUUUAUAUGUAUAUGUAUUAGUCUUUGUAUAUAUUUUGUAAGUACUUACUGUGUUCAGGAACUGUAAAGGUUGUAUAUAAACUGAUGAGGUGAC